AUGGAUAUAAAUUAUGAUUGGGUUAGCAAUAGUAGGCAUCUAUGUUCAAAUAUUGAUAUUAUGGAUACUAGCAUUUUUGUACAACAAGCUUCUAGCAAUACUAGGGCAAAAAACAAUAAGAAUUUAGUUUCUAAAAAUAUAGACUAUGAAAUGUUAAACAAAAAGCAGAAAAUAGUACUCAAUCGAAUAAAAUCACAUUACUGUAACAUCCUUGAAGGGUAUCAGAUUGAUCUAUUAAGAAUAAUCAUAAUGAGAACUACCGCAGAAGUUAAUUCACCAUUACUUGUGCUCACUUCUACAGGAGUUGCAGCAUUUAAUAUUAAUAGAUUAACAAUCAAUUUGGCACUUUCAAUUCCUAUAUGUACUAAAAAUUUUGAUAUAGGUGGUGAAAAGUUAAAUCAGUUACAAGAAAGAUUACAGAAUGUGAAGUAUAUAAUUUUAGACGAGAAAAGCAUG